CCGUUGGAUCCGCAAGAGGGAGGGAGUGGAGACCGUGAAGAAGAAGAAGAAGAAGAAGAAGAGAUACACGAAGCCAUGCAAGUACUAGACCUACGGACCGACGAGACGGAUGUCCAGAAGAGCACGGGUAGCACGAAGCACAUGGGCGAGACAAGCGUCUCAGGAGUAGCAGCCUCGGGGAGUUUAAUAUUAGAUACAGGAAAAGGGCGGUCGUCGUCGGAAGAAACGGAAGAGAGACGAGUGGAGCGGAUAUCCAAAGCGGUGUUGGAGAUCCUGGAAUGUCUCGGGGAAGAUCCGCGACGGGAGGGGCUACAGAAGACGCCGGAACGAUACGCACGAGCGUUGCUGUGGAUGACGAAGGGUUACCAUGAGAAGUUAGAGGACAUCAUCGGUACGGGGAUCUUCAACGAAGAUCACGACGAGAUGGUGAUCGUGAAAGAGAUUGAGAUAUUCAGUUUAUGCGAGCACCAUUUGGUGCCGUUCACGGGCAAGCUAGCGAUUGGUUACAUCCCUAACCAGCGGGUAAUAGGACUCUCCAAGCUGGUCAGGAUCGCCGAGUUCUACGCCCGCAGACUCCAGCUCCAAGAGCGCCUCACCAAGCAGAUCGCAAAGACCCUCAACCAGGUCAUCAGCCCAAAAGGCGUCGCCGUCGUCAUCGAGUCCACUCACAUGUGUAUGACUAUUCGCGGCGUACAGAAACCUGGCUCCGUCACCGUUACCUCUUCCAUGCUCGGCUGCUUCCGCUCCAUGGACAAAACUAGGGCCGAGUUCUUGAACCUUAUCAAGCCACAUGAGGAGGAGGAGUCGACGGUAGGUAAAUAUGUAUCGGAGGGCCGCAGAGACACACAGUGCCGCCACGAGGACAUGUACGAAUCCUUCUUCGCUUUGAGAGAGUGCAUUAUAUACACGCACAGAUGGAUCCCGUGUGGUUGGCAGAACCACUCUCAUCGGGUUCUAGAGCUCAAGAUGAAGGAAGGCAAGACGAAUGCAUGCUUCAUGUUUCUUGUCGCCAUCUGA